GGGACCGUCUUAAACACGAUGACUACCGUCCCUUGCUGCAGUACCUCAUGCAGAUACCCAAUGAUGAAGUCACGAGAAGCAGGCUUCACAGUGAUAUGAUAUGCGAGGGUCAACUUGGAACACUGUAAAACCCAUAUUGAAGGAACUGGCUGAAAGUUUUACACCACACAUAUAUACAGUAUACAUAGUGAAACCUGACAAUUUUUGGCAGAAACAACGAACCAGUAUAGGCAGUCAUAAGUACAAGUUUGAGACUAAUUUAAUAAGUGUAGAGACUCUAGCCAAGACAAUAGAUCCUAGCCAGUUAACAAUUGACUUUGAUGGAACUCUACCAUACGACCACAACACGUGGAUUGAGCUCCGGUUAGCAGUUGAAGAUUUUACCUGGCAAGCUAAUGAACAUCUGGAUCAGUUAGAGGAUGUCAGGGAUGAACUUCAACAAAGUGACUUUGCUGAUGAUGUCAAUGGUGCUAAAAGAGCCAUUGAGCGUCACAAAGAAAUGCACCAAAAAGUAACCGGUAGCCUUGUUCAUGACCUGGACAUGAUGGGUCAGAGGCUAUUACAAAGAUUAAACUGUGAUGAGGGAAGUGGCUAUGACUCUGGGUAUUCGGGCCGUGAUAGUGCAUCAAGUCUCAUACUAAAUAACCCAGAUUUUCAAAACAGUAUUCCACAGAUUCUAAGUUUAAUGGAGUCUGUACAUCAAGCGCAGCAGCAUGUUCAACAGCUGUGGCAGCAUAAAAAGAUGAGGCUUGAUCAGUGCUUCCAGCUCAGACUUUUUGAACAAGAUGUAGAGAAGAUGUUCGAUUGGGUGUACCAUAACCGUGAAGAGUUCCUAGUCAAUUAUGUAGAAAUAGGUCAUUCGUACCAAGUAUCCAAAGAUCUUCAAGAGGCUCAUUCCCAGUUCACUGUUGCUUGUCAGAAAGUGUACAUGAACAUCAAUAGAAUACUAAGUGUAGCAUCCAGACUUAUGGAAAGUGGUCACUAUGCAGCUCAACACAUCGGAAAUGUAGCGGCCAAAUUAGACCAGGUUUGGAAAGAAUUUGCUGCUGGAUUAGAUGAAAGAUCUUCAGUAUUGGCACUAUCUGUUAUGUUUCAUCAAAAAGCAGAGCAGUAUAUUGAAAGUGUACCUACCUGGGUAGAGAACUGUAAAGUUACUGCCUUACCCACCGAUAUCCUGACCCUGGAGUCCUCCAUCCACCACCACCAGUCACUCUAUGAGACCAUGUGCCAAGCUUACACUGAGGUUCACAGUACCAGUAAGAAGCUUCUUUACCAGCUGGAUCAUCUGGUACAAAUAUGUAGCCAGCUGCGACGUGAUGGCCAGAUGCGCAGCAAGCACAAGAAGCCACGAGGAAAGCCAUCUGCCUACUCUGUGACCCCUGAUGGCAAGGUUGUAUAUCGCGGUGGACCGCACCAGCAACAGCGUGGUCCUGGAACAAGUGGAAACCCAGCUGCUGAUUAUUCUGAGGGUGCUAGUCAUGUUCUAGCUGUUAUUCAUGAAAUAUUAGGCCACCACAGGGCAGUUGAACAGAGAUGGUCAGACAAGAAGCUCAAGUUGCACCAAAGAUUGGCACUUCGUUUAUUUCAAGAGGAUGUGAAGCAGGUUCUUGAUUGGCUGCAGACACAUGGUGAAGUGUUUCUGCAUAAAAAUCCUGGCAUUGGCCGCAACCUUUCCAAAGCUCGAAUGUAUCAGAAGAGUCACGAACACUUUGAAAAUGUAGCACAGAAUACGUAUACAAACGCUGAAAAACUACUGCAAGCAGCAGAGGAACUUGCUCACACUGGGGAAUGCAAUCCCGAGGAGAUUUAUAAUGUUGCUCAAAGGUUGGACUCGCAUAUUGCAAGCUUUGCAACCAGGGUACAGCAGCGUCAUCGACUGCUAAACAUGGCUGUUUUAUUUUAUACUCAUGAGAAGGAGCUGUUGUCGUGGUUAGAGGAGUUAAGCUCAGAGUUGGAAGGUGAGGAAAGGGUAGAUGAGACAGUUGACUCAGUUGAGGCAGGAGAGAGACUCUUGGCUCAAAUGACAACACAACGGGAUUCUACUCUCGAUGCCUGCGUGUCCACAACUCACGAGGGAGAAGGGCUACUUAAUGAACUCAGAACUACAAGUGUAACUGCUGAAACUGGAUGUGGAUCUGUAGAAGGUGUGGAAGAAGCAUUGGAAAGACUAGUCAAAAAACGUGAAGAAUUGGAGAAUCUAUGGGCUACACGCAAACUUCGUCUAGAUCUGCUUCUGCAGUUGAGACUCUUCCAAAGAGAUUCUGUAGAACUACUUGGUCAGUUAGAUCUCUGGGCAGAGGAGCUACAGAGCACAGACUUUGGGCGAGACAUUACUGAGGCAGAACAAAUGUUAGUACUACAUAAUGACUCUACUUCACAUAUGCAAAAUGCAACAUAUCAAGUGCUGCAAAGUGGACAAGAUCUUCUGCAACUACUGGAGACCUCUGGAAUUCAGAUUCGUGCUGAUGCAGAGUCAGAUGGAAAUGCCAAAGUCUCUAUGUUGCUGGAAUGUAUUCAUGAACGGCAGAUGGAUAUAGAAGUUCUGACGGAUAUGAAACGAAUAAAACUCGAACAGUGUAUUCACCUCCUUCAGUUUGAGGGUGAAGCAAACCAAGUAAUCAGUUGGAUCAGGAAUGGAGAAGCUGUGUUGGCAGCAAGUUUUACCAUUCCCAGUUCUUUUGCAGAAUCAAACGCCUUGUCACACGAUCAUGAACAGUUCCAGGUUGCUAUAGAAAAAACCCAUGCUGCUGUAGUACAGAUCCACCAGCGUUCUUCAGCAUUAUUAAUGGCCAAGCAUUAUAGUCCAGAGCAAGUGAUGGAGAUAGAGUCUAAUGUCACCAAGAGAUGGGAGAAACUUGUGACUUGUGCUGAAGACAGGUACAAGUUGGUCCAAGCAUCAAUCACAUUCUACAAAACAGCCGAGCAAGUGUGCUCUGUGUUGGAAAGUUUGGAACGUGAUUAUCGGAGAGAUGAAGAUUGGUGCCAGAAAGAGGUGGCAGCCCCAGGUGCUACAUCCAGUCAAGGGGAACAACAGCAGCCACAACAACCACAACAAAAACAAGAGGGGACAGGUCAAGGAGGUCAAGCAGGGUCAGAUCGAGCAGCUUCAAUAUCGCUUUUAAUUAAUAAACACCAGGAACAAAAGGAAGGAUUUUUGAAAGCUUGUACUCUUGCCAGACGCACUGCAGAAACUUUUUUGAAAUAUUCUAAUCGAUCUCAGAACUAUUAUAACUUGAAGGGUGAUUUAGGGCUCAGAGGGCCAGAGACCAAAGUUAGGGAUAUCUUAGAGAAUCUUAUGGCACAAGAGAAUAAAGUGCUUGACCAUUGGACUCAGAAAAAGAAGAAAUUGGAUCAGUGUCAGCAGUUUGUUCUUUUUGAGGGAUCUGCCAAGCAAGCUUUAGAUUGGAUUAUGGAAACUGGUGAAAUGUACUUGUCCACACAUACUAAUCUGGGUGAUACCAAAGAAGAAACUGAAAAGUUACUAAAGGAACAUAAUGAAUUUAAAGGUACAGCGAAGGACACUAGAGAGCGAGUGAAAUUAUUAUUACUCUUGGCAGAUUCCCUUGUUGAAAAAGGCCAUGCGCAUGCCUCUGCAAUCAAGGAUUGGGUAGCACGAGUUGACUUGGCAUACAAAAACUUCUCAGGACGUAUGGAUAGGUACCGAGUGCAGUUGGAAGGUCGCUUGGGAAUUCCUAGUGAGGAUAGUAAAGCUUCACUUUCUCUAGAUCGUCAUAGUGACCCAUCCUUAGAAAAUAAAGUUGGAGCAGUGGUGUCAGUGGCAGAAGUGGCAAAUAAAGAAAUUAGUGAAGAAAAACGUAAAUCAGCUAGGAAGAAAGAGCUUAUCAUGAGGGAGUUACUUCAGACAGAGAGAGUUUAUGUUAAAGACCUUGAAGUGUGUACUAGAACUUACCUUCUUGAAACUCGGCUACCUUCAGCUCCAUCGGGACUGCAAGGUAAAGAUGGCAUUAUUUUCUGUAAUAUGGAGGACAUUUUGAAGUUCCAUAAAAACAUUUUCCUUCAAGAGAUUGAAAAGUAUCAGUGUAUGCCAGAAGAUGUGGGCCAUUGCUUUGUAACUUGGGCACCACAAUUUGAUGUAUAUGUUAAGUAUUGUAAGGCUCAGCCAGAGUCUAAUCGUGUGCUAGUCAGUCAUGCUGGUACAUUCUAUGAAGAUAUUCAACGUAAGCACAACAUAGAACAUCCCAUCCCAGCCUACCUGAUCAAGCCAGUGCAGCGUAUAACCAAAUAUCAGUUGUUAUUAAAAGAACUUUUGUCCUGUUGUGAGGAUGAAAAUCAGGGAGAAAUCAAGGAUGGGCUGGAGGUGAUGCAGAAUGUCCCAAAGAAGGCCAAUGAUGCUCUUCAUUUGUCAAUGCUUGAUGGCUGUGAUGUUCCUCCUGACUCUUUGGGAGAAGUUAUUCUUCAAGAUACUUUCCAGGUGUGGGACCCUCGGCAACUAAUUAGAAAGGGUCGUGACCGACACAUAUUCUUGUUUGAUCUGUAUCUGGUAUUCUGUAAAGAAGUACGUGAUCCCAGCGGUAACAAGACAAAGUACGCUUAUAAGAAUCGUCUUGUUACAUCUGAACUUGGUGUCACAGAGCACAUUGAAGGAGAUGAAUGUAAAUUUGCUGUGUGGACUGCACGAACAGGAGUCAGUGAGGGCAAGAUGAUCCUCCGAGCCAACACUUUAGAAGUGAAACAAACUUGGGUGAGGAAACUUAGAGAGGUAAUCCAGGAGACAUACCUCAGCUCUGCUCUCCCUCUCUCUAUGGCCAAAUCGCCUGCUAAGACUCCGAAGCAGAACCGAGCCAGCAGGGACAUGGAGGAGUCCUUAGACGAGAGUGCUGAGAAUACUGACCGUAAUUCUCUUGCCUCUUACUCCUCAUCCAAUACAGACUCCGAUAAGGGAGGCGGGGAGGUGACAUGGGUGCUGGAGGAUUGGUCAGGGGCGGGGGCGGGCGAGCUCACCGUCACCCGCGGCCAGCAGGUGGAAGUCCUCGAGCUGCCCCACGCCCACACCCACUCCCGAGACCCCGCUGACUGGGCCUAUGUGAGGCUUUCCCACGCCCAUGACCAGGAAGGCCUCGUGCCCCUCUCCCUGCUUCGCCAGCCGCCCAGGCAACACCCACGCCAGGACCUUGAUCUAACAGAGGGCGUGGCGGGGAGCGGCGGGGAGGGCGCGGGAGGCACCGCCCCCGCCGGUGGAGGCUCCUCCCCCGUCACCAAGCGGAAGGGCUUCUCCAGUCGAAAAUGGUUGCCGCCCCCUCUACGGAAACUGAGUCAAGGCCGAGUGGAGCGCGUAACGUCACCCUCAGCUCCCGUGCCGGCGCUUGAGCCCACCCACAACAAACCAGACCACGCCCACAACAGACAGGAGCACGCCCACAAACACCCGUUCAGGAAGGCGAAUUCAGAGCGGCGUUUCAAGGUGAGCGUGAGGCAUGAGUUCAGCGGUGACAGCCGGUACACGGUUGGCGGGUCAGGCGAAAUGGGCAAUAAGGCCGGGGCCCAGAGCCAGUCCGAGGAGGAGGCCGAGGUGGUGCCCGCUGCCCGUGUCCCACCCCUCACUGCCCACCCAGGUGGUGCUUCUGGGACAAGUCGGUCACUCUCAGUGGAGAACGGUGAGGAGGGUGAUUUGGAUGUGGAGUUACCGCCCCCCAUGAAAGUACUUGAGCAACCCAUGUCUGCAGCAGCUGCCCAGGGAGUCCCUGGUCCUACCACAGUUGCAACAGGACCCUCUAUUCCACCACUUGAUAACAUUCUCACCGAUGUCCCAAAUAGAUCAUCAAGUGUAGCCCUGAAGACAGCAGAGGGGACCACGACAGACCUGGCCACGGAGAUAGAAAACAUUGUCAAGGAGAAGAUGGAACAACACUCUGAAACUAGUGAACGUUUGAAAGAGUGGCGAAGUUCAGGUGAUGGGUGUUCAGGUGAUGAGGCCUCAUCUCCCCUUCCCUCUCAAGGUGCUCUCUUAACCUCACAACUAUCAGAUGAGGCAGAUUUGGGGGCCUCAGCCCUACCUCAUUCACUUCUUGUACAAGAUUCUAGUCCAGGCGAUUGUGAUAUGACAAAGGAGCAGAGAGAACUUCACAAGCGACAAUUUGUGAUUGCGGAGCUGGUGGAAACAGAACGUCUCUACGUCCGAGACCUUGCAGAUGUUGUUGAAGGUUACAUCACAGAAUUGAGGAAUCCAGACUCAGAAGUAAAAAUGCCAGAGGACCUCAAAGAUGGCAAAGACAAGAUGGUAUUUGGAAAUUUGGAAGCUAUUUAUGAGUGGCAUAGAGACUUCUUUAUGAGAAAUAUAGAACGAUGCUUGGAACACCCUGACGAAAUUGGAGCUGUGUUCCAGCGUAGUGAGAAGAGACUUCAAAUAUACAUUAAGUAUUGCCAGAAUAAGCCAACUUCAGAGUAUAUUGUAUCAGAGUAUUCCAAUUAUUUUGAGGAACUGAGACAGAAACUGGGCCACAAGCUCCAACUGCCAGAUUUAUUAAUCAAGCCUGUGCAGAGACUGAUGAAGUAUCAACUGUUGCUGAGAGAUAUUCACAAACACACAGAGAGAGCAGGGCUACAACAAGAAGCAGAGAGCAUCAAGAGAGCGCUCAACAUUAUGAUUGUUGUUCCAAAAGCGGCCAAUGACAUGAUGAAUGUGGGACGGUUACAAGGUUUUGAUGGCAAGAUUAUGGCUCAGGGCAAACUUCUUCUGUAUGGUCCAUUACUGUGUUGUGAAGGAACGUCAGCUCAUAAUUUCCGAGGGAAGGAUUUGAUGGUGUUUUUGUUUGAGCAGUCCAUCAUCUUCUCAGAGAGUGGUCGGAAGAAGAACCAGUUUUCUAACCCAGUGUAUGCAUAUAGAAGCCAUUUGCAGGUCAACAAAAUGAGCUUAGAAGAGAAAGUUGAUGAUGGGGAUCCCCUUAAAUUAAUGUUGAAAUCUACUGAUCCUCGGAAACCCAACCUCGCUUUUGUGUGUCAAGGUGCCACAGAUGAUGACAGAAAUCAGUGGGUGUCACAGAUUCGACAUCUUCUUCAAACUCAAAAGGACUUCCUCAAGGCAAUUCAGUCCCCUAUUGCAUACCAGAAGGAGCAGACCAAGAAUGUGCUGGAGCAGCCAGAGCGAGGCAUCAGCUGGAAUGCUUCUUUACGUAAAACUUUGAGUCAGCCUGCUGCAUCACACCGUCCUGCAGUUGCUAAAAAGAAAGCCAAUACUAUAGAUAUUCCUUCCAGCCAAAGUUUAAUCAACAGUAGUGGGUGUACUACUCCUACAUCAUCUAUAACAGCUAACCCAUCAAGUGUUUGUACAAGUACCAAACCUCCACCUCCACCACCAGCCCCACCUACAACCUCUGCUGCAUCUAGGAUACCCACGUAUAUACCUAUUAAAAAACAAGGGUCUGUAGAUAAGCUUGAUGUACCCUCUAGUCCACCCAAACUUAAAAAAAACUUUUUUGAUGGGUUUCGAAAUACCUUACGACCACGAGUAAAAGCAGAUGGGGCAGCAAGGGGACAAGACGAUAACCCUGAAGGAGUAGAAACAUUUCUGCCAUCACCAAGACAAGACACUAAAGAAGACAGUCACCCCCGAAGAUGGUCCGAGUCGGGAUCAUCUCCUACAAAGUCGGGUGACUGGAGUGUGUCACUACCAGCGGGCACACUAGUCAAAGUGCUGGCAGAUUUCAGUGCUGUAAGAGAGGAUGAAAUAUCUGUAGCCAGAGGGGAAGUUAUCCAAGUAAUUUCAUCUAAUGUCUUAAGAGGUUACCUUGUUCAUCGUGCAGCAAGUAGUAGUAGCCCAGCAGCGGAGGGGUGGGUACCAGCAAAUGUUGUACUUCCAUCAGCUUUUCCUGAUCUACCUUCAACCCCUCCUGCCUCUCCACCACAUUCAGCUUCACAGUAUGAAUAUCAGAUGAAAAAACCAUGGAUGAAGUUCCGUAAACCCUCAUUCUCUAAAAGAGAUCACCAUCACAUGCUAAGAAGAGAAGAAACUGUACAUGAAUUACCCUCUGUCCGAUCAUCUCCAUCUCGUCCUCUGGUGCCCACUAGGCAAAUGACAGUAUCAUUAAUUAAUCCAUAUCAUUCUGAAAGCGACAACCACUGUGUACAACACUUGGAGAAACCCUCAAGUGGAUGUAUACCUGCCUCACCAGAAUCUCCAGUCAGAAUCUUAUCCCCUUUAAGAAAUGUGACUGUGUGUCCAGGGGAACCAGCUGAAAUGGUGUGUGUAAUCACUGGUGCUGGGUUUUGGGCAGAAUCUACUACUGUGACCUGGGCAGGCCCUCACGGACCACUGACUGAUCCACGCUUUGAGAUGGAACAACAUCGUGAUGGGACUCUGAGACUACAUUUGGGAAGCUGCCGUGUAACAGAUGCAGGCGAGUACACUUGUACCAUCACCUGUGCUGGACAUUCCAUUGCCUGUUCUGCACGCAUCAAUCUAGCCCAGGACAUACUUGAAGAAGAGGAGGAAGAAGAAACGAAUGUCAAAUAUGAAAUUAAGGAAGCCAGUGAAAAAUUGGAAAAUAACGAAGCUGAAGACAAUAGUGACGAAGAUUUCAAACAAGCUGGAGACGAAACGGAAGAGCCUUUUGCUGAUGACACCCAGAUCAAAAUUCAAUGGCAGUCAGGGUUUCAGAGGAAGUACUCAGUCACGCAUGACCUAGGGCGGGGGAGGUUCAGUGUGGUGAAGCGUUGCCAGAACUUGCGUCAUGGUCAAGAAGUGGCAGCCAAAUUCGUGCGUCGAGGUCGUCAGGACCAAAAAGAGACGGAGGCCGAAUUCCUACUGCUGCGACGUCUGCGUCAUCCAUCCUUUACACGGUCAUACGCCCUGUACACUGCUACACCCAAGUUUGACAUUCUUGUUAUGGAAUUAGUGAUGGGCUUACCACUGCUGGAUUGGGUGUUCACUAGGGAAGAAACAACAGAAGCUGAGUGUGCUGUGCUUGUAGUGCAAGUGAUUAAUGCUCUUCAAUAUUUACACAGUUGCCAUGUAGUCCAUCUUGAUCUAAAGCCUGAAAACUUGCUAAUAGAUAUCCUCAGAACUUCAAAUAACAGUGAUUCAUGUGAUAUAAUUAAGGAUGAAGUGCAGCCCGCGAUCCGACUUGUUGACCUUGGUAGUGCAAGACAUUUAAUGUCACCAACUCAACUCGCCAAUAACACUGAUGUUUCAAGUUCUGCUAGUGGGGACUUUUUUUCUAAAAGUGACCCAAAUGCUUCUGACAAUGAUACCUCACUGUUGAGAGUGCCAUCCAACCAACUUCCAGCACUAUUUGGCACCCCAGAGUUUAUGGCCCCUGAAAUGUUGGGAAGAAAUGAUGUUGGUGUCCAAGCUGACUGUUGGAAUGUUGGUGUGCUUAUAUAUGUACUUGUCAGUGGGCGGUCCCCUUUCCUUGGUACAUCAAACGAAGCCACUUGCAAGAAUAUCCUCUCCGGUGAUGUGCGGUACCCAGUUGAGCAUUUUGCUUCAGUGACUCAGGAAGCCUGUGAUCUUACCCGCGAUCUUUUGGUUCAGAAGCCUACAGACAGACCAAACCUUCAAGACAUACUCACUCACCCUUGGUUUAACAUGAAUGAGUGCGAGAGUAUCUUACCGAUCCAGAGUCUUGCAGAUUUCUCCUUCAGGCGUUCCAAGCUAGCGUCUUCCAUGCAAGAAAUACCUCUAACUUCUGCUAUGCCUGCUACAUCACACUAAAUAUUAUGAGGCUAUGAAUAAGACUCUUUGUCCUGCUUGAAAUCUGCAUACAGAAUAUGGUACUGCUGUGUUUACUCACAUUUUUUGUACAUUACAGUUGUCUAAAAUUGCUUGUUCACAAUACAUUAUAUGUGAUUUUGACUGCUUGCUCAAACCGUUAGUACACACACACACUUUUUUAUGUGUUGACAAAAAAUGGAAAAUACAUAAUAUAAAUACAGUACUCCAGAUAGUUUUCAUCACAAACAUUGUUUGCAUGAACAAAAUACAAGUACAAUAAGUUAUUGGAUUUGAUAGACUAUUGUUAUUUUCAAUGCCAUUACUGUAAUUUUGUUCACAUAUUUAUUACCAAAGGUAGUAAUAGUAAUUUAUUUUUAUUUUCACUUCUAAAAAGCUUUUCCCUCUACAGUACUGUAUGCUAUUGCAUGGUGGCUGGAACCUCGUCUGCCUGCUCCCAUAUUAUUCUCCAUACUGUACAUCGCUGGUUUCUGGCUCACUUUUUCUACUGUAUUUCCUUGGUCUUUCCUCUCUGUCUUGCCAUCUGUUUCUGAAUUUUACCAGUCUUUUAAAUUCCAUUUUCUGAAUGUGUCCAUACUACUACCUUUAUAAACCAUGGUUAACUCUGUCCCCAUAUUUAUAUUUACAAAUAUCCUAAUUUCUGUAUAUGCUCAGCUUCCAGUUCAACUUAUUUUAUUAAAUCAUUUCUAUUGAUUCUAAUUUGCUUAUUCUAUUCCUCUUGCAUCCCAAGUCUUUUCUUCAAACCCAUAUAACAAAUUCAGAUAAAUGAUUCCUUUAUAAAACCCCAUCUUUGCCUCUUAAAGUUCUCUUUUUGUAUACACUACUCAUUGCACUUAAAGUAUUACAUUUUUCCUCUUUUGUAAUUCAAUUCAUAAACCUAUUUUCCAUUCACUAACACAUCCACUCCUGGGUACCUGAAACUCUUCACUUCCUUUGAUUUUGCUUGUCACUCAUGUAAUAUUGAUGAAUGCCUUCCCCUCUGCAUGUUUUGACCACAUCAAUAAAUAUUGAAUGCGUCAAAAGGCGGGUUUCAAUCAUUCCCUUCGACUUGCCUAUCACCUGAAUGUCCUUAAAGAAGACGUUUACAGUCAAAGCAAGUACGGGAGGGCGUCGAAGGGAAUUUUCGACCGCCAGGAGGACCACAGGACCACGUGACGCCGCCGGAAGUGCAACGUGGGACGUCAGCCACCCUCCCUUCAAUAUUUAUUGAUAUGGUCAAAACCUGCAGAGGAGAAGGCAGUCAUCAAUAUUACACGGUGAUCCGUCUGAUAUAUAAUUAGUUAGUCUCACACAAUUUAUUAAACAUAGUGACAUAACACAAAGUUCAUAACUCUAUUAAUCUUAGUUACGCUUCAUUUCGCAUUGUCUUAUUGCUCCAGAUAAGGCAGAAACGAGUAGGCAUAAUUAGUCAACAAUAUUUCAGUACUGAGGGGUACAGUAUGUCAUCACUUAGGUCUUAGGCUGUACUUACAAGUGCGGGUCAAUGCAGAUCAGUAUGGUGUUCCAAGAGACAACAGUACUGCAUAAAUUGUCCCAGCACAAAUUCUCGGACAGGAUUGUGAGUCGGUGUACACCAGUGCGAGCAGGGGGCUGGUCUUCACAGCCUCACUAGAGAGGGCGAUCUGCCUCAUGGCGGGGCGGGCAGCACCGCCACCUGCCAAAGACAGUCCGCGCGGCAGAACCAGGACUUGUCUGUAAACACUUCUACAUCUGGCGAGGUUAUAGGUCGAAAGAUUUAAUGGCAACACACGCCAGCACUGUAUCUGAAGCCAGCGGCGAUAACACACUCAUUGUGAACAGCAACCGACUCCUCUCCCAUUUUCAACCCAUAUCCAUACUUACUAAACUGCCCCCUGCCCCCCUGUCGAUGCCUCUAGCUUGUACCUAUAUUACUACCUCAUCCAUGCAUUAUUAAUUUUUUAUAUAUGCACCUCUUUAAUCUUACUCUUAUUUAGAAACAAUUCCCUCUUCCUGAUAAACUGUUGAUGCAUAUUUCACUCCCUUUUCAAUGCUAUCUCACAAAUGCUUCACUAUCACUAUUUAAGAAUUUCUAUAUACAGUACUGUACAGUACUAAAUCAAUUGUUUUUUCCCUUCUCCAAAAACUCUUCACUAUUUUCAUUGGGUCAGUCGUUUUCAUUUCCUGUACUGUACCCACACUGCUCUUUCCUAAAUAUAAACCAGUUUUGCAACAGUUAUCUCAAUAUUAACUACCUUGCACUUUUCAGUAUAUAAUUUAGACCUAUUACAGUACUUUUUUUUUUAUUCGUUCAUAUCACCUUACUUUACCACAGGGUGACCAUAUAUUCUCUCUACAUUAAAGUUAUAUACUGGAGUAGUUUUAAAUAAUGAAAUAUAAAAUUGAAUAUACUUUAUGAUAAUUACAUUAGUUAGGAUUUUUCUAAUCACAAAGAAAAUUUUACAAAAACUUACCUGGACAAGAGAUUUCAUGCUUUUAAUUCAUCCAGAGUCGAAAACCGACAUCUCGCUGUCUUAAUACCUAUACUGGUGGUGGAGCCAGCAAAGUUUUAUUCCUAAGCACUGAACAUUUUUUUUUAAUUCCUUAUGUUAUUUGUAUUAGCUUUGAUUAUUCUUAUCUACUUGUAGAGAAUUGUACAAAAAUUAAGCUGGAUGCGGGAGAUAUUGCACUAAUGGAAAAAAGCCUUCUUGGGCUAUUCUUGGUUAAAUCAACUUACUGUUUGCCAACAUAUGUAUGCCUGCACUGUCUAAUGUACAUGCUGAACCAAUGUGAAUUUGUAUGACGAUUUUACUGAAUAAAUAUAUAUCUAUA